AUGGAGUCUGAAGAGAAAGACCAGAACUUGAGGCCAGAUUCUUCUCUGGCUGAAAACCCUGAAAUAAUGCCACCAUCUAGUAUGCAUUGCAUGGAAGAGAAUGAUGCCAUGCUCAAAACAUCUGUUCCUUCAUGCGAGAUAAUGACAUUGAAAAAGGAAGAACUGCACCUGAAAUAUGACAUUUCAAAUGAUGCAAAAUCAAGAGAAAAUCCGACUUCUGUUGAAGAUUGCAAAAGUCAAGGAUUAGAUGUUGAUGUUGAAAAUGCUGGAUCACUUCUGCAGAAGGAAACACUUGGAGUUUACAGUGAGGCAGGUUGCAAUACGAAAGCUAAUUUGAAUAAUGAGAAUGAUAUUGAUUCAAGGGCCAGGGCCACCAAGUCAUCUAGUGACACUGGACAAGGUAUGGUUACUGGCCUCCUUCCAAAAGAUUGUCUUGUUGAGGAUGCUUAUGGUGGUCAGAAUUCUAGUAACAAAAUCACGCAGUUAGAGAUAGUGUCAAGGGAUGAUGUGAAGCAAAUGCCGUCAAGGACUAGAAGUCUGUCUCCCAGUGCUGAGAUUAGAAAUGGAAACAAACGCCCCAAAAUGAUAUGUGACUUUUUUGCUAAAGGAUGGUGUAUCAGAGGUAGUUCUUGUAGCUUUCUUCAUAUAAAAGAUACCGAGGACAAGACUGACCAGGAGGCUGAAACUGACGUAGAUACUACUCAUCAGAAGAGAGAAUUGAAAGUUGAAGAAGGUGUUAGGGAAAAUGUUCAGAGAUCAAGGAUGAAUGAUUACGAAGCAAUCCCUAGUUGGCAUCAAUCUCAAGAAAAACAGAACUUUAAGAUGAAGGAUAACUUGUUUUCAGAUAAUAGAUUUGCGUUUAGUUCAACAAACAAUUUUUUCAGCCCAAAUCAGGAUGGAAUAGCUACUCUUCGGAACCAACAUAUGUACAAAGGAUAUGCUUCCACUCUUUUGAGCCAUUCACCAAAUUCAAGCCUGGUUACUCAAUUUCCAGCUUCAAGUAUGUCACUCUCUCACAGGAUUUCUACCCAAUCAGGAUGUUCAUUGCCUCUUAGUUCAUCUUUGGGUGCUAGUAAUGUGAAUUCUCAAAACCUUUUGAACACUGAUAAAGAAUGUCUCACCUCUAAGUCCACUUUCUCUGGUUCAGGGCGGGAAGAUUUUCCUCUAGUUAGUUCGUCCAGGGUUCCAUCUUAUCCUACUGGAUAUAAAUCAAAAAUCUGUUCUUAUGAUUGGGAACCUUCUGUGCCCUUUCGGCCAUCUUUUUUUAUAACUUCCAUGAAUGUAUCAUCUGCUGGAGAUCUUUAUGACCCUCUUCGUGAUAGCAUUGAGAUACCUAAUAUAGGGGAUGGGUCUUUGAAGGCUUCCCUUUUAAUUCAAGGAUCAAAUGUACAGGCUUCAUCACAGGUUCAGAUAUAUGGUAAUUCUGAUGUAGUUGGGAAACACACGCCCAGUCUUAAUGAUGACAAAAGUUCUGUAUCUUCUCAUAAUAAAUUUAAUGAAAAUGACCCAAACAACAAUUAUGUUCCUCAUGAAAAAGAUUAUCUUCCUACUGAAACAGAGAUAACUUCAGGAACUUAUGUAAACUAUCAAAACGAUAGAAUGGGACAAAAUACCUUUUGUAUUGCAGAUAGUACAAAAAAGGAGAGAGACAUGACUGAGCAUGAUGCUAGACGUCACAGUGAAGGAUCAGGGCACAAAACAAAGAGAGUAGACAGGGAUAAGAAAAAUCAUGAUAUGGACAUUGAUGUUCAGAUGGAUGGCAGCACACAGAAGGAACCGAAGGCACUAAAAAUGUUACGUGCAGCUCUUGUAGAUCAUGUAAAAGAGUUGUUAAAACCAGCUUGGCAUGAAGGUCGUCUCAGCAAGGAUGCACAUAUUAUGAUAGUCAGAAAAUCAGUUGACAAGGUUGUUAGCACCAUAGAGCCUCAUCAGAUUCCGACCAUAGAUACUGCUAAGCAAUACGUUUCUUCAAGUCGGAUGAAAAUUGCAAAGCUGGUCAAUGGAUAUGUCAACAAAUAUGGAAAAUCUUGA